CAACAGCCAAAGCCUCCUCCACCAGAACCUCCAACCGGCUCCGAUUGCAAGAGAAAAAAAAAGGUCGACAGAACCGAGACGAAGAGGAAAGCUCCAGCGACCGCCGCCGCCGCCGCCAUCGAUGGAUCCGAAGCUCACGGAGGUCACCCAGCUGUUCGCCCGCUUCAAAGCGGCCUACUCCCGGAACGACCUCGACGUCUGCGCCAACCUCCUCUCGCAGCUGAAGGUCCUCCUCACCAAGUUCCCCAGCCUUCCGCCAUCGUUCCAGCAGACACCGAACGCCGUGGAGGAGCUGAAACUUGCGAGGGACAUUUACGAGCAUGCAGUUGUUUUGAGUGUGAAGAUGGAAGACCAAGAUGCAUUUGAAAGGGACUUCUGCCAGCUCAAGCCGUAUUACAUGGACACAUGUGGCAUAAUUCCCCCAUCACCGGAGGAGUACCCAAUUUUGGGGCUUAAUCUUCUGAGGCUGUUGGUCCAGAAUAGAAUUGCGGAGUUCCACACUGAGCUGGAGCUUCUGCCCGCCAAAGCACUAGAUAAUCUUUGCAUCAAGCACGCAGUCGAGCUUGAGCAGUCCUUUAUGGAGGGCGCCUACAACCGAGUCUUGAGUGCUCGACAGGCUGUGCCGCAUGAAACCUAUGUAUACUUCAUGGACCUUCUUGCUAAGACAGUUAGAGAUGAAAUAGCUGGAUGCAGCGAGAAGGGAUAUGAUUAUUUGUCAAUAAGUGAUGCAAAGGAAAUGUUCAUGUUCAGCUCUGACCAAGAGCUGCAACAGUACAUCACCGAGGAACACCCUGAGUGGGAUGUCAAGAAUGGCUCAGUCUUCUUCCAAAAGGCGAAGGAGUCCCAGCCCUGCAAGGAGAUACCGGCUGCACCGGUCAUCAACCAAACCCUCGGCUACGCGAGGGAAUUGGAAAGGAUUGUGUGAUCUGCUCCUGUGAUCUUUUGAUGUUUCUCUGUAACCGUUCAUGGUGCCCUGUAUUAUCAAUACGUUCGUGAUAUGCUCUGGUGGCAGGCAGCUUUGGACAGUGAAUUUCCAUGAAAAGGUCGAUUAUUGGAUUGUCUUGUUUACUCAGCUGUAUUUCGUUAAAAUCAUUUGUUUGACUUAACUGUUUCCAAACUGAUUUGCGGUACACACAAGUGCAGACUAUCGGCAAAAAUGGCAAACGUAACAUUGAAUUUA